GUCUGUCUGUCCGGGGAGCAGCAGCAGUUCGGCUCGGGCAGAAGACGGCGGUCCAUAUCUACCUAUUUUCGGCUCUGCUCUGCUCCUCCACCUCUUUUCUUUCCUUUCUUCCUUUUCUGAAGCCGGUAAACAAAACAACAUGUCAGCCAGACCGGGAUUCUACCGGCAGGAGCUGAACAAGACCGUAUGGGAGGUUCCGGAGCGGUACCAGAACCUGACGCCGGUGGGUUCUGGAGCCUACGGCACGGUGUGCUCGGCUUACGACGUGGUCUCCAGGCACAAGGUGGCGGUGAAGAAACUCUCCAGGCCCUUUCAGUCUCUGAUCCACAGCCGCCGCUCGUACCGCGAACUCCGGCUUCUCAAGCACAUGAAACACGAGAACGUCAUCGGGCUGCUGGACGUCUUCACGCCGGCGGGGACACUAGAAGGCUUCAACGAGCUCUACCUGGUGACCAACUUGAUGGGGGCAGACCUCAACAACAUCGUCAAGUUCCAGAGGCUGUCGGACGAGCAUGUGCAGUUCCUCAUUUACCAGCUGCUCCGCGGCCUUAAGUACAUCCAUUCAGCUGGACUGAUCCACCGGGACCUGAAGCCAAGUAACGUGGCUGUGAACGAAGACUGUGAGCUCAGGGUAAGAUCCACAUUCACGUCAACACUACGACUUCUACUGGCGCCUCCGUGGACCGUAGAGGAAACCUUCUUAACCUUCUUUCAUUCCCAACAGAUACUUGAUUUUGGCUUGGCCAGGCAGACGGACGAUGAGAUGACAGGGUAUGUGGCGACACGUUGGUACCGAGCACCAGAGAUCAUGCUGAACUGGAUGCACUACAACCAGAAUGUUGAUAUUUGGUCUGUGGGCUGUAUCAUGGGAGAACUGCUGAAAGGAAAAGUCUUGUUCCCCGGCACUGACUAUAUCGACCAGCUGAAGAGAAUCAUGGAGGUGGUCGGCACCCCGACACCGGACCUGCUGAAGAAGAUCUGCUCCGAACACGCCCAGAAGUACAUCCAGUCUCUUCCCUUCAUGCCCCAACAAGACAUGGAAAAGAUCUUCAGAGGAGCAAACCCUCUUGCCAUCGACCUGCUGAAGCGCAUGCUGGUUCUGGACUGUGAUGAGAGGAUCUCGGCCAGCGAGGCCCUGGCCCACCCCUACUUCUCGCAGUACCACGACCCAGACGACGAGCCGGAGGCUCCGCCUUACGACCAAACGCUGGAGAGCAAGGACCGGACUCUGGAGGAAUGGAAAGAGCUGGUGUUCGAAGAGGUGAGCAGCUUUAAGGCAUCGGGCAGUAAGACGGACAGCCUCCAGGUGGAGCAGUAAGGCCCCCUCUGCUCCACCACCACCCAGACCAACAACCACACACUCACUGGAUGCAAAACAGACCGUGGACAACAGCAACAUUAAUUAUGUUUGAUUGUUUUUGACGUGAAAAGGGCAACGGCGGUCUCCAUGGGGACCCGACGCACAAACAUUCCGGCCGCAGGGAUCAUGUUUGAAACAGUGUAAAAAAUGACUCUGUUUGCAGCAGAAAGUCGCUUCCUGUUAUGUAACUGACUUUCCGCUGACGGAGGCAGAAAUGAGGAACCGAUUGGGUGUCGAAAGGAUUGGGGGUUUUGGGGGAGGGGAACUUCCAGUGGCAGAUCUGUCCUUACAGUAAAGACCAAGGUAUAAGUACGCACACUAGGAUUUCCAAAGCAACGUCAGGGACAUAUCACCCAUCAGUUCCAUGAACCUGGAACUUUCACCUUUAACCUUCUGGAGUCCCUUUGUUCGCUUCGCCACCGACUAUGUUUAGAAAAUGACAGAGAAAUUUUAUGAAUCAACCAUUUUUUUAAAACAUCAUUAUAACUUCAGUUCUCAUCAUGUAAUAAAAGUUACAAAUGUUUUGGAAUUUUAACUCCUUAAAUGUCUAUUUUAGUGACUAAACAUCUACAUUUUUUCAGAAAGAAAAACACAAAAAGUUGCUUUUUGCCCCCAAUCUGUUUAUGAAAUUGAUCCAUUUACACAACAAGCAAAAACUGUGAAGGAAUUUCAACACCAGGGGAAAAAAAUCUAAAUUCAAACUAAACUCAGAUUUCAUUGGUAGUCUGUUCUAAGCACGGCGUUCAAACGGUAGUCAAUGGCAACACAACUAUGAGAAGGAACACAGUUUGUGAUAUUUCAUUUAAUAAAAACUUUGAAGGUGAGAUGAGAAAGAUUUCACCUGGUCAUGUCUAACACAGGCAGCAUUGACAAAAUAAAAAAAGAAAAAAAAAACACAAAAAACAAUUGAAGGGACCCAGAAGGUUAAAGGUUAAAGGUCGCUUGAAGCAUGAUUUAUUCUCAUUUUACAGUCGUGUCUUAUAACUGGAACCGUAUUAUAAUCUCUCUGUUUAUGAUGCACAAUAGCAGAAUUUUCAACUUGCUCAGUCAAACAAACUGCUGCUUCGUCUCUCCUGCCUAUUUACACCUGAACACCAACUGUGCUGUUAUUAGUAAGGUAAUGAAUAUAUGCCAAAGCCUUUGUUUGCUGCCCGUAUGUAUGUGAGUUUACACUGAUUGAUGUUCAGUUCUGCAAACAGCCUCAGACGGCAUCUAUCAAUAAAGUGCAGGAGGUCAAUCGAACAACGCAACAUUCUCGCUGUUUAUGGCCACCAUGACGCUGUUUAUGG